CCUACCGAUGUCACACUUGAAGUUUAUGAAGGAGCGUGUCAUUUUUUUCAAGAUACAGUUCCUGAUGAAAAAAUUUCCAAGUUCUCAAUAAAACGUUCUUGCGAUUUUAUUAAGAAUCAUACACUUAAUGAAAGUAUUCCAAAUGAAGCUGAGAAUAAAUCUUUUCAAGGUAUUCAAAAAACCAUUAAUUCUAUUGCAAUUAACCCAAAUUGUGAUAUUAGAGAGUUAGAUGAUAAAUUUCUAGAAUGUCUAAACUGGGAAAAUAUUGGCCCUCGCUUACAGGAGGAAUUACA